UGGAGACUGUCCACGUUUACAGCUCUGCUCCACAUCCGCAGCCCUCUGCGUGGAAAAACGCACUCCCCACACGCAGGCCUUUAGAUCGCCUCCGCUUCUUUUAAAUUCGGCCUAAUGUCAAUUUUUUGCUGUUUUUACGUCACUUUUAAGUUAUUUGACCCUCUUUGUUUAAAAAUGCUUCCCCUUUGCGUUGUCUUCUCUGUUCUGGCUGCGUGGUUUUCCGUGGAGUGUAAUCCCAGUCCCGUGUUGGGAGAUGUUGUCGUGGACAGAUACGAGAUCCCCAAAGACUGCGCAAGGGAGGCGAAAACUGGCGAUUACGUCCGCUACCAUUACAACGCCACGUUUACCGACGGGAAGGCGCUGGACUCGAGCUAUGAAAAAGGAGCAGCCAAAGUCGGCCUGAUCGGGGAGGGUCGGCUCAUCGCUGGCGUCGAUAAAGGCCUGCAGGGGAUGUGCGUGAAUGAGCGCAGGAAAAUCACUAUCCCACCACACCUGGCUUACGGGAGCAGCGGGGCAGGUGAUGUGGACUGA